AUGCCGGAUCAAGCCAAAGACCAAGCAGGGAAGGAGGAAUUUGGUUCUGCCAGAAGAAGUGAGAAGGAGUCUGAUGAAGAAGAGGCUGAAGGUAAGGAGGAGAUGAGUGAAGAUGAUAAUGCAAUUGUAUAGUGGUGAAAAUAGUGUGGUACCAAGGUUUUUAGUCCUCAAGAAACUCAAGGAAUCAUUGGAUUUUGAAGAAAUACUGGAAUUUAUCAAAUUCAGGCAGGUGAGCUGAUUUCACUCUGCCUUUUCAAGCUGUUCCACUGUGUGUGUGUGUGAGAGAGAGAGAGAGAGAGAGAGAGAAAGAAAGAAAGAGAAGAAAGGAAGGAAGGAAGGAAGGAAGGGAGGGAGGGAGAGAGAGGCUGAGGAGGCAGUCUCAUUCACGCCAUCCAUUUAAAGCACAUGACUUCCCCCAAAGAAUCAUGGGAAUGGUCAGGAAUCCUAGCUUUGGGAGGUAUAAACUAAAAUCCCCAUGAUUCUUUGGGGGAACACAAGUAUUUUAAAAGUGUGGUGUGAACGUGACGCAGAAAGAUUCGCCUUGUUUAUUAAGCUUAUCGGUUGCUUUUUUAAAACAAGUAACUCAGAGUGACAGAGUGUUGGACAGUGGAACAGACUGCCACAAGAAGUGGUGGACUAUCCUUCCUUGGAGGUUUAAAGGCAGAAGUCGGAUGACCAUCUGUCAUGUAUGAUUUAGCUGAAAUUCUAAGACUAGAUGACGCUUACAAUUCUAGGAUUCUAUGAAACACGUGCAGAUCCACGUAAGAGUUUUCCCAUCUGGCCAGGAGGGAAAAUCCGGCUCUUGGUUUGGUGCAGGAGUGUAGCCUCCAGAAAAGAAAGAAAGAAAAGCUUUUCAAGAUAUGCAGAUAAGCCUUUUCAGUCUUGCAAAUCCGGAGGCUGUAAAGGCACAGGAGCAGUUUGCAACCAGACGAUGGCAACCCUGAGGCGGCGGGGGUCAGAGGCAGCCGCGUGGUCCGCGGACAACUUCCCUCUCGUGUGAAAUCCGCCUCUCCCGCUGCGCGCGCGCGCGCAGUCCCCGCACAGAGCCAGACGCGAACUUUUUUUGGGGGGAGGUGGGGGCGAGCAGGAAGGAAGGAAGGAAACAGGUGUUAACCCUUCCGCAACUGCGCUCCCUUUAAGAGCCGCCGCCCAAGAGCCGCCGGCCACUUUUGCCCGGGACUUGGCAAGCGAAGAGCGAGCGCUGCGCCUCCGCGUUGUCGGCGCGCCGUGCGCUCCAGGCUUGCCAAGAGUUAACGCGGGAGAGCCGCGUAAGUAAGGGGGAGGGCGGGGAAGCGCGACAAUAAUAGGAAACUGCGAAGGGGUGGGCGCCACUUUGCAAAAAAAGAAAAAGGGAAAGGUUUUUCCAUGAGCUGUCCGGCUUUUCUUCUUCUUCUGCAAAGGAGGCGGCCGGCGGGACGCGCGCCAUGCGAAGCGCAGCCGCCUCCGGAGAGACCCGCGUCCUGCCCGAGCGAGGUAAGAUUUGGGAGAAGGGGACUGGCUGGCUGUGGGUGCUGGGUCUCGGCGAGGUCCGGCUUGGCUGGGUGCACGUGUGAAUGUAAGAACGACACGCGUUUGCAAGUGCUCGCGUCAGUGAGCUCUCCAGCGUGCAUUCGACGGCAACCCCAGCUUUGCGUCUCCGUAAUGUGGGGGAAUGGACUGGCCUGGCGGGGAGGGGGGCGUUCUGUGGAAUUGGCUGUGAUUUAUUUUAUUUUUAAAUGCAACCCUAUGCAGGCUUACUUGCAAGCGAACCCCAUUGUGUUCAGUGAGGCUCUAGGAAAGCAUGCGCAGGAUCAUAGAAUGGUAGAGUUGGAAGGGACACCGUGGAAUUAUAUGGGUAUCGGGGCUUGGGGAGGGGGCUGUGGCCUGGAUCUUUUUGCUGGGAUCUCGCCAGAAAACCUCAGCCUGCCCCCCUGAAUUGAUGGAGAAAGUUAGGAAUAAACUGUGUUAAGCUGAAGCAGCAAACGCCCCCAGGGAUGUUGUGAUUUGUGUACUUGGUUCCCUCCUCUCUCAACUUUCUCCAUACUUAGUGCCUAGCAGUUGAGCAUGCAAACUGCCUCUAGUCUGGUCCUGCAGGUCCUGGUCUCCUCUGCUGGGAAGCGUUCUGGGUCUGAUCUGUAUAUUUGAUUCCCGAAGGCUCCUUGCCACAUGCCAGUCAGCGGCUGGUACUGCAGGCAACUGAGAACGAACUUGCAUUUGUUUGGCGACAAGCUAACUUCAGUUACGGGAGCUAACUUCCAAGGGCUGCGAUGGCACGCGCUUCCACUGCUGGCAGUGCAGACUCCACUGAGGAGGCGAUGCCUGGGAUCCAUGCGUUAUGAAGCGAGGCACAGGAGAGGAUCGGAAUGAAUGAAUAAGAUGUACUAGAGAUAUUGGCAGCGCAUAAGCCACAUCCUGUUAUUUAGAGGUAUGGGUGCAUUGCUGAGUUUGAUGAUGGUGUAGAAGUUGAUAUGCUGGCCUCGAGAAUGGGAAAUGUUCAUAAGACGGAGAUUUCCCCAAGUAUAUCUGUGCAAUUAAUUUUUUUUAAUGCACAAAAAAUGAGUGGUUUUCAGGAACCAAAGAUUUGGCUGCUGAAAGCUUUCUAUGGAAACCUUUCCGAAGGGAGCUCCCUGGUUGGAUUAGAACACUUGUCUGACAUACUUGGGUAUCGAGUUAGAAAUGGCAGACUCCAACAAGAAAGUGGUUAGUGGAUGGUUUAGUGCAACCGAGGUACUAGAACAACUAUUUGUUUCUUUUAAAAGAGGGUGUUCUCCUCCACCCGCCCCCUCCCAGGGGGGACUGCAGGGAGGCAAACUUGAGAGCGGACGUCAAAGGAACAGGACAUAAAUUUACUGGAGGAUCCAAGGGAUAGGAGCUUUGUUCUCAAGCUAUGUGAGUUUAAAACCUUGCCAUGUCUGGGAACAGUAAGCAAUUUUCACCCUGUUGGUUUCGUCCGAUGCCCUCGGUUUAUUUUCCUCUUCGUCGUAUGUGGGAGCAUCUUACUUUGUCAAUCGGCAGCUCUUGUCCAAAGUCCGCCAGGGCCCCUUCAGCCAUCGGCUUCAAUCAUAUGGACUCAUCGACUCUGAAAAGGGUUUGGUCCUAUUUGAGUCCAUGGGACCUGAUGACCUUCAGAGCUCUUUCUGUCGUAUGGUAUCCCUGUGCCUGGCGUACGUGUGGGAAGCAGGGACGGUUCAACUCUGCUAGCUGUCGCCUCUCACAACUUACCCAUCCUGGGCAAAGUACUAGCUGUAUGCGCAUCGGUGCGCAUUGCGCGAUUAGGAACUCUGGAGGAGGCAGCUUUACUGGACUGUGCGUGCAACUUGUGGGAACUUAGGUCCUGUUUAGAACUUAAGUGGAAUGUGUUGAUGUUUGAAGAAGAUGCAGAAAAUACUGAUUUCCUCCCUCUCUUUCAUACGUUCACAGGGCUUAUGUAAGAGCCCAAUUAUCUUCAAUUCCUGAAUGUGGUGUGUUUCUAGGGAUAGCAAUCUGGUAGAGGGCUGCAUGGUUUCUGGGUCUGGAGGUGAGGAUCUGCUUAGGUUCCAAGCCUGACUCAGAUUUGUACUUUUGAAACUUCGGUACGUCACAUUUAAAUGACACCAUGCCUGUUCAGCCAUUGAUUCUAGGCUUAAGGUACGUGCCAUUUGAAAUUGAUGAUUGGGUGUGUGUGUGUGUGUGUGUGUGUGUGUAACUUAAACUGGUAUGUCUUGUAACUCAAUGGGAAUGGUCUUGUGUGAUUUGGACUUUGUUAUGAUACUCACCCUUUGAAAAGUCAGUAUUAUUCAGCCUUGAAUGAAGGGUAUCCAAUGAAUAGAGUGAGCUUCACUUUUCCCUUUCCUGAAAAGCUUGUAGUUCAUUCCUAAGCAUAUUUUGAUUAUAUAUUUUGUGGUUUUAUAUUUUGAUUUUGUUCUGUGAACCACCCUAAGUCCUCUGGGUAUAGAACGGUAUAUGAAUUCAAUUAAUAAUAAUAAUAAUACUAAUUUCACUGGGAUUUACUAGUGUGUUCAGGACUGCAGCCUUAGUGAAGGUUUUAGCUUUAUUUCCUCUGUCAAGUUAACUGACCACAAUCAAUAGUGUGGUCACAAUGUUGUGGAUGCCUUCUGUGCUCUGUUAAUCCUCAAUUCCAUAUCUCCUUUUACACUUAUUUCCCCCCUCUUGCUAACUUAAUUGUAGAUCGCAAAUCCUGCACAGAUACGAGUUGGGCUACUAGAAUCCACGGGACACAAAUCUCCAUAUUUCAUGCAAGGCAGUAGCCAAAAGCCAUUCUUUUCUCUCUUCUCAAUUCCCAAACAGAAAGUCCCGGGAGACUUGCAUUUUAUUUCCUCGCUUUCUGUUAGAUUUUUAUUUUUGCUGACACCACACUUUCUUCAGUUGUUGUUCGUGACAGAGGGCAACUUCCCCAUUUUUUUGCAAGUUAUGCCAGGGAUGCGGAAGUGGUGGCCGUCCAGAUGUUGCUUGACUACAACUCCCAUCAGCCUUGACUUUGGGCCAUGCUGACUGGGGCUGGAACCUGGGAAGCUGAGUCACGGGUCCACCUAUCCCAAUAUUGUUCAUACCAGUGUUUCCCAAACUUGGGUCUCCAGCUGUUUUUGGACUACAACUCCCAUCAUCCCUAGCUAGCAGAACCAGUGGUCAGAGAUGGUGGGAAUUGUAGUCCCAAAACAGCUGAAAAGAUUGGUCUACACUGACCAGCAGCUCCAGCGUUUCAGAUGAGUAUUUCUGGAGCAUACCUGGGGACUGAACUUGAGACGUCUGCAUGCAAUACACACGUCUCAAAUUCAGUCUUUCCCCAGUGGCUGAUGAGAAUCCAAUUGCUUCUGGAGGGGAGCAGGUUCCUCACCCCCGAAUUGCACCUUCCUUUAAACCUCUCUUACAAAGCUAAUUUAGGGUGGGUUCCACUGCAAUCCUAAACACACCUCCUUGCUUACCUCUGGGUAGGCGUGUGCAGCAGAUAGAUUAUCCGGUUCCUUCUAUUUAAUCCUUUCAAAAGUCAAGUUUGUUUUAUGCAUUACCCCCGGGUUUUAUGAGACAAGUCAGCAGUUUUAGAUUUCGGUCAUGUUGAGAGUGAGCCUUUUUUUUAAAAAAAAAGGACAGAAGUUUUCACUUUGCUGCUGUGAUCUGAUUGCAAACGGUAUGACUUGGCUUUCGGUAUGGAAAUCUGGGCAGCUUUUAUAUAAAAUGAGAUAGAGUUUCUCUCGGCCUCAUGGCUAUAAGCAUGAAUGUAUGAACAUGUGUCAAAAACAUGUGUCAAAAGCAGAGGAUGUCAGUGUGGCUUUUUUUACGCAUUGCCUUCCCCUGUGCUACUGAGGUGUUAUUUAUUGGUUAAAUAAACCCAAUCUGCCAUCAGUUGAAGUGCUAACACCUUUAUUCGGUUAGGUGUUAUGUCCUGAUAUAGGUGUUAACAGUUUCAUAUAAGCUGUUAACACUUCAACCGAAGCUGGAUGAGGUUUAGUUAACCAAUAAAAUCUGAAUAAUAUACCCCAUCGGGUACAUCAUUUUACUUGCCAGUGGGCAAAUUUGCAGGAUUUCAUGUUUGGGUUUUCAGAAUGUUCACUUUGGACUUGCAACAAUAGUAUAAUAACAAUAACUCACUUCUAAGUUAACGUCUUUUUUCUUGUGUCUCCUGCUUUUAAGGACUGUGGUUACUGAGGUUACCCAGAAGGAUCUAGACGUUGGAAGCCGCAGACGUUUGGACCUUGAAGCCCGGUGCUGCUGCUGA